GUGAUGGAUGCAUAAGGAAUCGUGCAGCUGCAGCGAUAGUCGCAGCUGAUCCGUCGAGCUGGAAAGGUUAAAGUACGACUCAUCCUUUUGGACCUCUUUUUUUUCUCCAAGCUCUCUCAUGGAGACGAGAGUGAUAAAACAAAAUAAAACCAAAACCGUUAAUUCAACGGGCUCGUAAGAUUCUAACCCCCAACGGCCUGAAGAUUUUUAUUUACAAGACGAGAAUAAUUUGUUUUAAUUUCUUGUGCUCGUGAAAAAGUUUUUAAAAAUUGUGCAAAUACAAACAGUGAAAGGUGAUACAAGCUGGUGGCAUCUCGGCGACGUCUUGGAACGACAGGUUUCCACGAGGCAGUGAACGAUAUGGACUUGGAUCAUGAUCAAAUGAACUAGCGGCAUCAAAAAGGAGUGAUACAAUUGAAAAGCAUGACUUUUUUACCCAGUCGAACAUCCCGCAAGGGUACUGUACUAUGUUUUAUCGCGCUGCUCUUCCUCUUUGCACUUUAUCAACUGGGAAUCAUAUGCGGGAGUGGAAAGGAUCAAGGAACGACAAUGAUGGUAGCUAGAGAAACGAAUAAUAUUGCCACCUUUUAUCAGGUUAUGGAUAGUGCAGUUGCAGCAUUUUGUUUGGAAGUUAUUGCGAGGCAUGGCGAACCAGCCCCCCGAUUGUGCAAUAAAGAUCCCUUGACGCUCAAAAUGGGUUCUUACAUGUUGGAUUUAUUUCCCAAUGCGAAAUUUCUUUUCAUGGUGAGAGACGGCCGAGCUACAGUCCACUCGAUAAUAUCAAGAAAGGUGACAAUAACGGGAUUCGACCUGACAUCCUAUCGGCAAUGCCUGACAAAAUGGAAUCACGCAAUAUCCCAGAUGCACUCACAAUGCAAGGAAGUUGGUUCUGAUCGAUGCCUUAUGGUACCAUACGAACAACUAGUAUUACAUCCACGUGAAUGGCUGAAAAAAAUCCUCAAUUUUCUCGAUCUCCCCUGGAGUGAGUCAGUCCUCCAUCAUGAGGAAUAUAUAAAUAAACCCGGAGGUGUCCCUCUCAGCAAGGUCGAAAGAUCUUCGGAUCAAGUAAUAAAACCGAUAAACUUGGAAGCUCUUACCAAGUGGGUCGACAAUAUUCCUGAGGAUGUUGUUAGAGACAUGGCGGAAAUAGCACCAAUGCUGUCAGUAUUAGGAUAUGAUCCCUACGCAAACCCACCGGAAUACGGAACACCCGACAGUGUAGUUAGUGAUAAUACGAGGAGUUUACAAAAUCAAAGCCAUUGAUGAACAGCGAAAUUUCCAUUUUUUU